UUUUGUGUAUUUUAUUCUGCACAUAAUCUGGUUGCAGUCUGCCCAAACUUUUUCGUAGAGGCGAGAUAAGAUAAAAAAAGUGGUAUGUCAUCAUGUGAGUGUUCACUUUAUCGAUUAUAGUGUACAUCAAAACAGCCUGGACAUAUGAAGGCAGCGUUUUGACAGAUCAGGCUGUGCAGUGCUCCAGCAAGGCCUAAACAGAGAGGGGUAGCACCCUGCUGUCACAAGGUCACGUGCUGUCCCCCUUGGACCUAUACCAUGCCCUUGUUUGAUAAUGAACUGCAAAAAUUGUAAAGAGGCACUUCCAGAGAAAGCAAAAUUCUGCUUAGAAUGCGGACUUAAAGUUGAAGGAAACAUAAGAAAAGGUGACAGUGGACAAGUUCAAGGUAAAAAAACACAACCAAGUAAACAACAGGAUAAUGUGCCUGAACAUUUGCUCAGUGUUGGUUAUCAACAGCCAUCACCAGAUCAACCACCAGCAGCUCAGCAGUUUCAUCCACCAAUGCACUUUCCACACGAAUAUUAUUCAAUAGCAACACAUCAUCCUCCAUUUUAUCAAAACACUUCCCAUGGAAGUGGCAAUUACACAACAUGGCUACAAAAUCCAGUCGAUUCUACGCUUCAACAAAUGGUGCAGUUCAAUGCAACAACCAAUCCACCAAUGCUGGACCUGCUUCCGUAUCAAGUUGAAAUGCAGAAAAAAUCAGUGCUUGACCAGGAUCUGGAUUCAUUUGAAAUGGAAACUAAAUCAGAUCUCAGAUUGCUUUUGGUUGGUCAUACUGGCCACGGAAAGAGUGCAACUGGAAACACACUUCUUGGGACGGACAAAUUUGAGCACAAGACGAGUUCUAAAUCUGUCACUCAAAAGACCUCUAGAAAGGUAGUGCAUCGCUUUGGUCGCAAAAUAGAAAUUGUAGACACGCCUGGCUUUGGUGAUACCAGUAGAGAUGACAAUUUUGUUCAGAGACAACUGAUGAAAUGCAUUGGUUUUACAAUACCAGGUUUUAAUGCAAUUGUGUUUGUUCUGAGGCCAGAUAGAUUUACUAAACAAAUAAUCGAAACUGUGGACCGUUUUCUCCAGUUUUUUGGAAAAAAUGUUGAUGAUUUUGCAUUCGUUCUCCUGACACAUACCACAGGCAAAGAAGACCAAGAGAGUUACUGCGAAGAUGGGCAUCCUAAAUUAAAUGACCUGAUAAAACGUUGUAAGAAAAAGGUAUUAAAGAUUGACAAUAAAGCAGAACUGAAAUUAAAACAGAAAUUUGCAUGGGAUAUCUUUCAAGCAGUAGAUGAGGCAAAUGCAAGAAUAAGUGAACCAUAUUUCACAAAUGAUAUGAUAAAACAUGUUGAUGUGUAUGCCUUGAGAUACCUGAAAAGGCAAUGCAACAGUCCAACAAAUGAAAUGACUAGGCUUGCAAUAGAAUGGGAUGAUCAAAUUGGCACUGAAAACACCUCAUCAACUGAUGAUCAACAGAGUUUAUUUACAGGUCCUACCGGCCUCUUCACCCUGUCUUUGAGGUCCGACCUGACUGAAGAUGAACAAAAACAGUUACUGCGUGAGGACUUUAAGAACACACUUGAAGAUGAUGAAUCACUAUUAGACGCAGUAUUGAGAAACAUUAAAGAAAAGUUUAGUAGGGCUUUCAAUGCUUGUACACUGCUUUAAGAACCUGCUUAAAUGAAUAAAACAUUUUGCCUGGUAGUUGAGUAUGGGCAUAUAGCAAAAUCAAGACAAAAAUCAUAAAAGUGAUUCAUCCCCAAAACUCAACUUUCUAAGUUUAUAUUUGUAUUGUAUGUUGCAGUGCAGGAAGAAUUUGACUAAGUUAUUUAACUCGCGCUUGUCUGUUAUUCAAAUGAUUACAAACUUAAAACUGUUCAUUAUUUACAAUUCUAAUUACACAUGUAAACAAUCAAUAUUAUGCAAAUGGAAACAAAAAUUAAUUUAGGAUGUAGUAUAUAAGAGCUUGGUAAACUACAUCAUUAUAGUGACUUCUUCAAACAAGAAAUAUGGAAAGUCCACAAACACAUUUAAGUAAGCACAAUAAUAACCAUCAUUUAAUAACAGUGAUGUUGACCCCACAUGUAGUUUAUACGGUAUAAAGUCAGUGUUUUUUUUCACCAUUUUGGGAAUGGGGC